UUUGAGAUGGAUUCUCCUUGGGAUGAAGAAGCAGGGCCAGAUACUCUUAGAGAUACAGAAUGGUCAAAGAUGUCUUCUGAAUUCACGACAACUGGCUACCGUGAAGGUAUAACUGCUGGGAAAGAAUCAGCGUUACAAGAAGGGUUUGAUACUGGUUUUGCUACCAUUGGUACUCCGAUAGGUCGCGAAGUUGGGAUGCUCCGCGGAAUGGUCUCUGCACUCCUUGCCUCUAUCAACGGCAGCGAAAAGUUGCCUAGGGGUGAAUCUAUGCUCACCGAAGCCCGAUCCAUUGCUUCCCAGCUGUCUAAAAUUCGUUUCUCUGAAAUAGCUCCCCGAGAUCUCGAGGCAGAAGCUCAUGCCAGGGAACAUUUUGAAAUGAACGAAGAGGACGCGGGGAUGGAAGAGAGCAAGGAAUUGGCUGAGAAGCGCCAAAUGGAGGGUCUAGAAGACAUGCUAAAACGACUUAACUCGGGAGGGGUUGACACGGAUCCUGCAGAUCAAUAUAAGAAAUCCACAUUGGAGGAUGUACAAGCUCUAAGGCAACGAAUUAUAUCAUUGUGUACGAUGAUUGGGAUUAGGCUUGUUGAUCAGAAUUAA